UGAACAGAUUAACAAAACUAAUCCAAAGCGGAUCUACAGACAACGCAUUCUUCGUAACAAGCAAAUUAGCCAAUCCCAAUAUGGCCCAAAAGCAGAGACCUUCACCUUGUAAUAGACAAGAGUUCCAGGGAGAGAGAGAGAGACCAAUGGAGGGAGUGAAAAGAGGUACUGGGUAUCUGUCGCUUACCAUGGUGGUGGUGGUGCUGAUGUGCGCCGCGGUGGUAAUGGUGCCGGGAGUCUCAGCUACGCGGUGGACCGUGGGAGCCAACAUGGGUUGGACCACCAAUGUCAACUACACUACUUGGGCUAAGGACAAACACUUCUACAAUGGCGAUUGGCUCUUUUUUGUGUAUGAUAGGAACCAGAUGAACGUGCUAGAGGUGAACAAAACGGACUACGAGACGUGCAAUUCUGAUCAUCCUCUUCACAAUUGGACUACCGGAGCUGGAAGGGAUGUGAUUCCACUAAAUGUGACUCGGCAUUAUUACAUUAUUAGUGGCAAGGGGUUCUGCUUUGGUGGUAUGAAACUAGAUAUACUUGUGGAAAACCCACCCCCACCUCCACCUUCUUCCCCUUUGAACAAUACCAACAGCUCUCCUAGUUUGAUUUCCAGAGGUAAGAUUGUUUUGCCGAUGGUUUUUGCCAUUGGUGCAGUAUGGGAUACAUUCCUCCGGUUCUGGUAGCAAUAUUGAUAUUCAAGAUUCGGUGUUUUUCGCAAGGGUGUCAAGAUUACUUUAGACAUUCUUUAAUCAGUAGGUAAAAGGAAUUGAGUUAUUUUCUUUUGUGGUGCUUUCUUCAUGGUAGUUGACCUGCAAUUAGGUGGUGUACUGAUUAGGUGUUUUGAAUUGCAAAUGUGGAUGACUGUAACAUUACGAAAUGGGUUUUAUUAUUUUGAAUUUAUUGGAGGAUUCAACUGUGAAA